GGAUUGCGCGCCGUAUCUGAUGAAGAGUCUGCCAUGAACGGGCGCGUUCUGUGGGUUUGAUACGGAGUCAUCUCGACAAUUGCGUCCAUUUCGCGCUGGCUGAUGGACAGGUCCUCCAAGCCGGAGACACAUUGGUGUUAGAUGGGGGGUGCCUGAACUGCGCGCUUAUUGUCCAAUAAUAGUCCAAAUCCUCGACAGCAUGCAAGCGAACGCGUGCGAGUAUAAAUAUAUACGGGACGUGGGCGUCCACUGUGCCAAAGCCGUUUUCCAGCCUUACACAGGAACGUUGCACGACAUGCUCAAGCUCACGACUUUGAUCACUCUCGCCGCCCUCGUCAUUGCCGCGUUGGCUCACCCUGAGAAGCGGGAUUGCGCUAAGUAAAGACUACUCCAAGGCUGUUUGCGUUGUAUGCCUCAUCCAUCAGCACACAGAUGCACACCUGGCUUCGUGUGCCCCGACUAUUGCAUUAUCGGUCCGAUUACUCUGCCCCCUACCGCGUCCACAACGGCACCACCGGUCAUCACGCCCACUGCGACCGUCAUCUUGGACGAGCGCGAGCUACCGUGCAACAACUGUACGGCUCGCAUAUGCCCCCAGUAUUGUACGGUGGCGCUGUGAGCAUUGUGACGAGCCUCCGUAUCGCACAUUUCCCGUAGUGUUGAAUGAGGAGUGAGCGGCGUUGCUAGAGUAACACCUCCACGAGCCCUGCUACAGGAUGGUACAAUAACGCACGGCCAAAAGUCGCCGCGCCCGUGCCUAUUAUCGUCUUCUCCAUAGUCGCUUCCCGCUUCCGGGCGCAACCGCGCCUCAAUGCAAAU